AUGCUCUCCUUCACCAGCGCCAGCGCCGUCGCAUUCUCGUCGAUGCCCGCCUGCCCAGCGCAGUUCGUCUACGCCGAAAAGCUCAGCGACCUCGACCAAGAUUCGACCAAGGACUUCUACGUGCCGCCGGACGACUGCUUCUACCCAAUCACACUGCCGUCGCUUGAGGCAUCAGGACACGUCAAGUUUGCGUGGCUGCCGCCGUCGAAGCUCAACGACACGGUCGGAAUCGCGCCGGAGGGGGCCUUUGUUUACCAGAUGAAGGACAACUCAACGCUUUACAAGAAGGCCGUGGCAGUCUCGCCUGACGAUUCGGCGGCCACCCUCAAAUUUGAGAAAAUGCAGAAGCUCGUGCUCGGUGGCGAAAUCUCGUUUCAGCUCGUAAAGAAGGACGACACCAACGAGGACCCGCUGAUCGUACGUGAGCUGCAGAAGGCGAUUCGCUGCACCGAGGCGCCCGUCACGACCCCGCUUAAGGAAAUCGACGCGCGCUACAAAAGCUUCGUUUGGGCGGCCGGGCCCUUCAAAACGGCCGGCGUCGACAGCGACUGCGGCGCAUAUGUGUUCGAGAAGGAGGGAGGCGGGCUCGUCUACCACUCAUGCUGA